AAAGUGAAUAGUGCGAAAAGUAAAAAAAGAUAACAACCAAAAGCAUGCAUUACAUUUAGAUUACAUCAAAAGCGUAAAAGUUUUAGAGCAAUCUGGGACAUGAAAAGGAUAAUAGUGACAGUUGGAAGUGAAUAACUAGAAAACACCACUCUGUUGGCUUCCGACGUUGUCUACUGUUAAAAGUAUGAUACAGAAGCAACUCUGAUGUGUAACCAGACAAUAAACGUUUUACCAUUUUCAGGUCCUGUUGAAGUAUUGGAAAAAUUGCUCAGCGGAGAACGAAUGAUUUGGUACUGUUGAUUGAAUUAGUAGAAGAUAUAAAUGCAGAAAGUAUUGGAAUUCAUUUCGUCACACUUUCUGAGUAGUUAGAUAGACGACCAGGAUUUAUUCACCCAGCUGGUUCAAAGGAAGAAAGGAAGAGGAAAAUGUGCAACAUUACCAGCAAUGUUACUAACUUUACCGACUGUUCCACAAGUCCGGCAGGCGCUACUAUUUUAUCACCUGUAUUCAUGUCCGUUGCAGGUGUUCUAGGCAACAUUUUAGCUUUGUAUAGUCUUUACAAAGCACGGACAGAUAUACGGACAACGAAGUUUUACAGUCUUAUAAUUGGUCUAGCAUGGACCGAUCUCCUAGGAAUUUUAAUGACGUCUCCAUCUGUCAUCAUUGCUUACGUCAAUCGGCGCCAGUGGGUUGGAGGAGAUGCACACUGCCGUUUCCAUGGUUUUACAAUGGCAACAUUUGGACUUGCAACUCCCCUUAUCAUUUGUGCUAUGGCAGUUGAAAGAUUUCUGGCUUUGAAAUGUGUAUUUUUCUACUCUAGCCGUUGUCACACGGGUACCUCGCGUGGCUGUAUUCUUAUUAUAUGGUUUGGCGUUAUAUUAUAUUCGUUAUUGCCUUUGUUCGGCUUUGGAAGUUUUGAAAAGCAGUAUCCGGGAACAUGGUGUUAUUUAGAUUUUCAUUCUGAAAACAUUGCCUCAAAAGUUUAUGGAUACAUAUACGCGUGUACAAAUUUAAUUUUGAUUCUGAUGAUUGGGUUAUGUAACACUUAUGUCGUCAUAACAAUAUUUAAAACGAGGUUCAGGCGAGACAGUGAAAGUGUAUAUUCCCUAGGUCACCCUCUGCCAGAACACGACGGACUUGUAACAACACGGAAUCAGCGGAAAAAGUCGAAUGAUGCCGAGAUACAAAUGAUUAUGCUGCUGUGUGCUUUAACUGUUGUUUUCACAGUAUGUUGGGCGCCACUUAUGUUACGGAUAAUAAUGACACAGGCUACAGGGAUAAAGAAUGUCUUGUUGGACCUUGCGGCUGUCCGGCUUGCCAGUCUAAAUCAGACACUAGAUCCGUGGUUAUAUAUACUGUUGAGGAGAUCUACUUGUAUGAAAAUUUCGAGAAGUGUAAAGCAAAUUAAAACUAAAUGUUUGAAGGUGGUAAGAGAGCAAGUCCAGGACAGCGAACUUAUAAAGGAAAAGGACGCUCAGAGCAUUGAUCAGAAUUCUGAAAAUGGACGAGCUUGUGAUCGUAUUCAUAAUGUACAGGAUGACGUUCAUAAACACAAUAACGAAAACUCAAAUAAUAUUCCUCCGCCGGAUGUAAUGAAAAUAGGUAGUAGAGGUUAUAUAUCGCCAUUGCCAGAUAUAACCAAUACUCUACAAAACAAAGAAAACAAAGAUUCUCGGUAUGUUUGUCAUUUUCAGUUUGGCAAAUCGUUGUCACCAAAAGAAGAAGAUGGCAUGUAUGUGAAAAUUUUAUAUCUGAAAAACAAUUCUUCAAAUACCAACACUUAUAAUGAGAGAACACCCGAACGUCAAUGUUUAUGUUAUCAAAGCAAAGGAAAACUUACCGACAACUUGCCACUACCUGUAGUCACGCAGCACAACAUAUCUGUUACACAUACCGAGUGCGGUAACAGUCACACGAAGACUUCAGGAACUGGAACCAAAGAAACGUCAUUAUCAUCUCGGGACCUCAAUGCAACAUUCCAUUCAGAGAAUACCAACUGUCCCUCUUAUACCAGAUAUGCUCAUGAAAGUUUGAGAAAAACAAAAUCCAACAAUGAAUAGAGUAGACGAGACGCAGCUCAACGUGGCACUUAAUCAUAGCUUAUACUGUAACAAUGUACAGAUGUUAUUAUAUCGUACCAAAAAUUAUAACAGAUUGGUUACAAAUAGUUUGCUGGUGUUCAAAUGUAUAUUUUUCUAAAUAAAGAUCCAAUCUGUGGAACAGUG